UGAAUGGAAAGCGAAAAGAAAACCGCUGAGGCUAACAGAAAGGUGUGGGUCCAUGAUAUUAAGUUAACGAUACAACUUCACGUUGAGUGUGUCAAAUUAACGCAAAUUAUUAUACAUUUUCUCUUAGUGUGUAACUUGGCAUCGGUCAAACCAGCUAAUGGACGGGUUUGUCAAAUGAAGUUCUAGCAGAUUAUUUCCUCUCUGGCUAUUAGUCAACACCAACAACCUUUCGUUUGUGAUAGUGGAUGUUUGAGAACUUCGUGAGUUUCUGUUACUAGUGGUAAAGGUUGUGUAUAGUCAGUGUUACGCCAGGUCCGAUAUUGAAAUCUGUAACUGUCCUGGUGCAUGCUAAGCAAAUUGAAUGUAGAACUAGCUGAGUGUUGGAUAAAAUAAGCCUCCACACACCAUGCCGAUUUGCGAGAUUUGCAGCGAAAACCUAGCAUCUGAUUCCGAGAUGAAGACGCACCUUCUGUUAAGUCACCUGGAGAAUGAGAUGGGUUGUCCAUUCUGUUCCUUGUCUGGCGUGUCUUACGACGAACUGCACUUUCACAUCAACACUGCUCACGCAGAAAUGUCAAACAAGCCAUCAUCGAGGGACAGCAUGACCCUACGCCAUUCAGAGUCAACAACAGAAACCAGAGCAGAGACUGGGACAGAGACUCCUGGCGAACAGAGGGUAAAAACUGUACGGAAUCGGACUAUGGUGAAUCACGUGACAGGUUCAGAUACCACAGACACUCCACGGGGAUCUCCUUGUGGAACAGACACACACAGUCUUGACUCUGUGGGCAGUAGCAGCACACACUCAAAGAACACCAAAGAAAGGCAAGGGAGUGUGGAGGACCAUGUCGCCUCGAAACAGAAGCGCCUGUCUUCUCCUUUCAAAGGGAAGCUGUUCCCUUGUCCCAUGUGCUCCCUUGUGUGCCGUAACAGCAUCAUUUUGCAGGAGCAUGUGGAGUUACAUCUGCAAGAGCAAGCCAUGAGUGAAGGGGCCACGUCAGAUGCAGUGCCAUCCGCCUCGUAUGCUGACACCUCAGUGGGGAACUGCUACGAAUGCCCACUCUGCUACCUCUCCUUCCCCGAUGGCCUUUCUCUGCAGGAGCAUGUAGACCUGCACCUGGAGAGCGGGGCAGCCGCAGAACCAGAGGGUGCAACCUCUGACCUAAGACUGGCUAUGCAGCUGCAGGAGGAGGAGGAAGAGCGGAGGAAAGUGCAGGAGGCCAAGCGGGAAGCUGAGGAGUUCAAGAAACUACAGAAACAGUUUGGGAUGGACGGGAGCGGUGGCUACCGUAAGCAGGUGGAGCGGAACAUGGAGAGGGCUGUCUCCCGUGGCCACAUGGCGCCUGCCGACUUCCACAUGAAACGGGCAGAGCUGAUGGAGAGUCUGGCCACAGGGGUGGACGAUGGCAGAACCAGGACAACAGGUGUGAUGCAGACCCUGUAUGACCACUUCCAGAGGGAGCCUCGGGAUACGGCCCACGUGUGGCUGAGUGCAGAUCCUGAUCACUACUCCAGCUCGGAGGGAGAUAAAGGCUGGGGCUGUGGAUACAGGAACUUCCAGAUGCUGCUGUCCUCCCUCCUCAAGAUGCCGCCAUACAAUAACAUCUUACAUGAUAUGCCCAUCCCCAACAUUCCUCGGGUGCAGGCCCUGAUUGAGGAGGCCUGGAAGCAGGGAGUGGACCCGUCCGGGGCGGCCCACUUCAACGGCCGGCUCCAGGGCACCCGCUCCUGGGUCGGGACCACGGAGAUCUACUCCCUUUUCACCUCCAUUAGUGUCAAAGCUCGUGUGGUGGACUUCCACAAGCCUACUGGUCAGGGUGGCACGCACCCACGCCUGUUUGAUUGGGUGAAGCAAUACUUCUCCCAGUCGGCCACCAGUAGUAAUGGCAGACUGCCUCCUCGAGUGGUGCAGACUACACUGCCUCCCAUCUACCUCCAGCACCAAGGUCACAGUCGCUCUGUGGUUGGCGUGGAGCAGAAGCGUAAUGGCAACCUCUGUCUGCUGCUGUUCGACCCCGGCUGCCCCCCCUCGGACAUGGCCCGGCUGCUGGGGGCAGACACCGCCACCGUCACGGCCACCGUCCGCCGCAUGAGAAAGUUCCAGAACCACCUGAAGCACCAGCAGUACCAGGUGCUCACGGUGGAGGGACUGCUCACGCCGGAGCAGAAACAGAGGCAGAUUGCCAAUUCACGGACAUUCCGGGCUGAACGUAUUCCAUGAGCACACCCUGGCUCUGCUGGAGGCAUCCACUAUGUUGACUACUCAGGGUUUUUUAUUUGUUUGUUUGUUUGUUUUUCUUUGACUAUUCAAUGUUUUAAAGGACUUUAAUUUGUGUGUUUUAUAGAAUGUGUGAUAAUAAAGAAAUAACAGUUUCUA